AACCUCGAUUUGCUGGCAAGAUGCUGUACCGGGAGGAGAUUUGUGUGUGUGUGGCUGGGCUUGAAUAGGGGUUAAAAAAACCAAAACCCAACCCACAACCCAGCCACUGAGGAAGCCUUUGAGUCUGUGGGAGGGGGGGCCGGGGGUGCUGCCCCCCGCCCGGCGGGGCAGCGGGGCCGCUUCUGCGCGGGCGCGGCCGGCGCUGGGCUCGGGGGGCGCCUCCCGCCCGCCCCCGCCCGCUCCCCGCGCCUCCCGCCGCCACUUCGGCGGCUCCUCCGAGCAGCAACCGCGGCUCCGGCUGCCGGGGCCGCCGCCGCGCCCGAGCCACCAAUGCGGGGGAUAUUUGCAAGGAGGCAGCGGUACCGCGGCAGCGGGGAGGGCAGGUGAACUCCGGGGAAAGGAUGCUCGGCGUCGCCGCCGCGAUCGUCUUUCUCCUGCAGCUUUUGGCCAAGGCGGAGGGACAGGUUUUCGCAGGUGGUUGUUCAUUCGAUGAGCACUACAGUAAUUGUGGUUAUAGUGUGGCCUUGGGAACCAAUGGAUUUACCUGGGAGCAGAUCAAUACCUGGGAAAAGCCAACAAUGGAUCCUGCUGUCCCAACUGGCUCCUUCAUGAUGGUGAACAGCUCUGGGCGGGCAUCUGGGCAGAAAGCUCACUUGCUGUUGCCUACGCUGAAGGAGAACGACACCCAUUGCAUCGACUUCCACUAUUACUUGUCCAGCAGAGACCGUUCCAGUCCCGGCUCUCUGAAUGUCUAUGUGAAGGUGAAUGGAGGACCGCAGGGCAAUCCCAUCUGGAACGUCUCGGGGGUUGUUACAGAAGGAUGGGUGAAAGCAGAACUUGCCAUCAGUACAUUCUGGCCACAUUUUUAUCAGGUGAUAUUUGAAUCCGUCUCUUUGAAAGGCCACCCGGGGUACAUCGCGGUGGAUGAAGUCAGAGUUCUCGCCCAUCCAUGCAGAAAAGCACCUCAUUUCCUACGGCUUCAGAAUGUGGAGGUUAACGUGGGACAGAACGCGACGUUCCAGUGUAUCGCUGGGGGAAAGUGGUCACAGCAUGACAAACUCUGGCUCCAGCAGUGGAAUGGAAGGGACACAGCGUUAAUGGUCACUCGAGUGGUCAACCACCGACGUUUUUCUGCUACUGUCAGUGUAGCCGACACGUCUCAACGCAGCAUCAGCAAGUACCGAUGUGUCAUCCGUUCAGACGGCGGAUCUGGAGUUUCAAAUUAUGCAGAAUUAAUAGUGAAAGAGCCCCCAACUCCUAUUGCCCCUCCUGAGCUUCUGGCUGUCGGAGCCACAUACCUGUGGAUCAAACCCAACGCCAACUCCAUCAUCGGAGAUGGACCCAUCAUACUGAAAGAGGUGGAGUAUCGGACAACCACUGGGAAUUGGGCAGAAACGCACAUCGUAGACUCCCCCAAUUACAAACUAUGGCACUUGGAUCCUGAUGUGGAGUACGAGAUCAGAGUGCUGCUCACCCGCCCUGGAGAAGGAGGGACAGGACCCCCUGGACCACCGCUCACAACAAGAACAAAAUGUGCAGAUCCUGUCCAUGGACCACAAAACGUUGAAGUUGUUGAUAUUCGCUCCCGGCAGCUGACAUUGCAGUGGGAGCCCUUUGGUUACGCGGUGACCCGCUGCCACAGUUACAAUCUCACCGUCCAGUACCAGUAUGUGUUUAACCAGCAAAAAUUCGAGGCAGAGGAACUCAUCCAAACUUCUUCCCACUACACCCUGCGGGGUCUCCGGCCCUUCAUGACCAUCAGGCUGAGGUUGGCGCUCUCCAACCCGGAGGGCAAAAUGGAAAGUGAGGAGCUGGUUGUGCAGACUGAGGAGGAUGUUCCUGGGCCUGUUCCCUUGGAAUCCAUCCAGGGAGGACCUUUUGAAGAGAAGAUCUAUGUUCAGUGGAAGCCUCCAAAUGAGACAAAUGGCAUCAUUACACUCUACGAGAUUACGUACAAGGCCGUUGGGUCUCUGGAUCCCAGUGCUGACCUGUCCAGCCAAAGAGGGAAAAUCUUCAAACUAAGGAAUGAAACACAUCACCUCUUUGUAGGAUUAUACCCAGGGACUACGUAUUCAUUCACCAUCAAAGCCAGCACGGUCAAGGGCUUUGGGCCACCCAUCACAACCCGGAUUGCAACUAAGAUUUCAGCACCAUCGAUGCCAGAAUACGACACAGACUCCCCUUUGAAUGAGACUGACACCACCAUCACCGUGAUGCUGAAGCCCGCUCAGUCCCGAGGAGCACCUGUCAGUGUCUAUCAACUUGUUGUCAAGGAGGAGAAGCUGCAGAAAGCACGAAGAGCUGCAGACAUCAUCGAGUGCUUCUCUGUCCCCGUGAGCUACAGGAACGCGUCCAGCCUGGACUCCCCUCACUACUUCGCAGCCGAGUUGAAACCUGUCAACCUGCCCGUCACGCAGCCCUUCACGGUGGGCGACAACAAAACCUACAACGGCUACUGGAAUGCUCCGCUUUCUCCCCUGAAAAGCUACAGCAUAUACUUCCAGGCUCUUAGCAAGGCAAACGGAGAAACAAAAAUCAACUGUGUCCGGCUGGCAACAAAAGGAGCUUCCACCCAGAAUUCCAAUGCAGUGGAGCCAGAAAAACAAGUUGACAGCACAGUGAAAAUGGCUGGAGUUAUAGCCGGUCUUCUGAUGUUUGUUAUCAUCCUCUUGGGAGCAAUGCUUACCAUCAAGAGAAGAAGAAACGCAUAUUCCUACUCCUAUUACUUGCAUUCAAGCCAGUGUUUUAGGGGCCUCUCUGUCUUCUACAGGACCAGGAAGCUGGCCAAGAAGCAGAAGGAGACUCAGACCAGCACGCAGAGGGAGAUGGGUCCCGUGGCUACUUCUGACAAGACCUCUACCAAACUCAGUGCCGUUCACAAUGAAGAAGCUUUUUCUUCCAGCUGCCAAGAUGUGAAUGGAUUCACAUCACCCUCUCCUUGUUCAUUUUCUGUCCAAAGCAAAACCCUUCAGAGCAAAUCUUUGUUGAAUUCCUACUACUCAGUAUCAUCAGACACUGUUCCAUCGACCACGCUGUUAGGUAAGAAGACAGAUAGCAGCCAUGGAGAGAUGACCCAGCCAACCCUGACCAUCCAGACCCACCCGUACCGGAGCUGCGAGCCGGUGGAAAUGUCCUACCCCCGGGGACAGUUCCAGCCAGCCAUCCGGGUGGCCGACCUGCUGCAGCACAUCACCCAGAUGAAGCGAGGACAGGGCUACGGAUUUAAAGAGGAGUAUGAGGCACUACCCGAGGGGCAGACAGCAUCCUGGGAUACAGCCAAGGAAGACGAAAACCGCAAUAAGAAUAGAUAUGGAAACAUAAUCUCCUAUGAUCACUCAAGAGUGAGAUUGCAGCUGCUGGAUGGGGACCCUCACUCCGACUACAUAAACGCCAAUUACAUAGACGGAUACCACCGGCCUCGCCAUUACAUUGCGACUCAAGGGCCAAUGCAAGAGACAGUGAAGGAUUUCUGGAGAAUGAUUUGGCAAGAGAACUCUGCAAGUGUUGUCAUGGUCACCAACCUGGUGGAAGUGGGCAGGGUAAAGUGUGUUCGAUACUGGCCAGAUGACACAGAGGUCUAUGGAGAUAUUAAAGUCACAUUAAUUGAAACAGAACCAUUGGCGGAGUAUGUCAUACGCACAUUUACUGUACAAAAGAAAGGCUACCAUGAGAUCCGAGAGAUUCGGCAGUUCCACUUCACCAGCUGGCCCGACCAUGGGGUUCCUUGCUACGCCACGGGCCUCCUGGGCUUCGUCCGGCAAGUGAAGUUCCUCAAUCCCCCUGAAGCCGGACCCAUCGUUGUGCACUGCAGUGCUGGGGCCGGGAGAACAGGGUGUUUUAUUGCCAUCGACAUCAUGCUUGACAUGGCAGAGAACGAAGGUGUGGUGGAUAUAUUUAACUGUGUGCGAGAGCUGCGAUCCCAGAGGGUCAAUUUGGUGCAGACAGAGGAGCAGUAUGUAUUUGUCCAUGAUGCCAUUUUGGAGGCCUGUCUCUGUGGCAACACAGCCAUUCCAGUUUGUGAAUUCAGAUCCAUCUAUUACAACAUCAGCAGACUAGAUCCACAGACCAACUCCAGCCAGAUAAAAGAUGAGUUUCAGACUCUCAAUAUCGUGACGCCGCGUGUUCGGCCGGAAGAUUGCAGCAUCGGCCUUUUGCCCAGGAACCAUGACAAGAACCGCUGCAUGGAUGUGCUGCCCUUGGACCGGUGCCUGCCUUUCCUCAUCUCUGUGGAUGGUGAAUCAAGUAACUACAUCAAUGCUGCACUCAUGGAUAGCCACAAGCAACCUGCUGCCUUUAUUGUAACCCAACACCCUUUGCCCAACACCAUAGCAGACUUUUGGAGGCUGGUAUUUGAUUAUAACUGCUCCUCUGUGGUGAUGCUGAAUGAGAUGGAUGCAGCACAGCUCUGCAUGCAGUACUGGCCAGAGAAGACGUCCUGUUGUUACGGCCCAAUUCAAGUAGAGUUUGUUUCAGCAGACAUCGAUGAGGAUAUCAUCAACCGGAUAUUCCGGAUCUGCAACAUGGCCAGGCCUCAGGAUGGGUACCGCAUAGUUCAGCACCUGCAGUACAUUGGCUGGCCAGCGUACAGGGACACCCCUCCUUCCAAACGCUCCCUCCUCAAGGUGGUCAGAAGGUUGGAGAAGUGGCAGGAGCAGUACGAUGGGAGAGACGGACGGACUGUUGUCCACUGCCUGAACGGUGGGGGACGCAGCGGCACCUUCUGUGCCAUCUGCAGCGUGUGUGAAAUGAUUCAACAGCAAAAUAUCAUUGAUGUGUUCCACAUCGUGAAAACGUUACGGAAUAACAAAUCCAACAUGGUGGAGUCACUGGAACAAUAUAAAUUUGUAUAUGAGGUUGCACUGGAAUACUUGAGUUCCUUUUAGCCCAGCGGAGGGAGGGGAGCCCCCGAAAUGCCAGACGCAGCCUCUGGCAGACGCUUCUCCCCUCUCCCACACCAGAAGGCAGUGACAAGUGUGGGGAGGCAAAACCUCUCCUGCCCGGAGCAAGAGACUGAGAUUGCACAGACCUCGCUGAAAGGAGGAGACGAUGCCUGUGUUUGCUGCUGCCUGCUUUCUGCCGGAACACCUACCGCUUCUCAAAUAACCUACUGUAAAAAUUAGCAAAAUGGGAGACAGGCUGAAAGACUGGACUUUCUAAUCCUCUCUGACUUCUUCUCUCCCCUUUCGGAUUGUACUUUUGCUCUCCUUGCUGCAGAGUGGGGAAAGAAUGAAACCCUUAGGAAGUUCUCUUUUAAAUGUCUCCUUUUUAAUUUAUAAUUUUCUUCUCAAAUCCUUAGUCUUUAAUUUUUUUAAUUUCAUGCAGCAGUCAUUUGGGAAAAACGAGAUAGCCAUAGGGGAUAGAGGAGAUGUUUCAUUACAAUUUGUCUACCUUACCUGUUUCCUUUUAUUUUUUUUUUUCCAAAUGAAAAGGCCAACACACAAACGAAGAAAAAGCCUGGAAUUCUCUUCCCAUACGUGGUCCCCUUUAGCAUGAAAAUAGAUGGUGGAGAUGAGAAGCUGUUCAUGGGUUCACUGCCUCGGCUUCUACACGAAUGUUUCCUCCCUGUUCCUGUUGACUCCCAAGGCUGUGCAUGAACCGGUCACAUCUCUCUGGUCUGUGUUGGGUUCAGCGCUGGCGAAGCACCAUUGUUAAUGAGUUUCCCAGCCACUCGAACCUUAAGGUUAAAUAUUUGCAUCAAACAAAUUGCAUUUGUCUUGCAACUUUUGGUAACUUUGUUACCAUAUUUUUCAAGUAUUUGCUGGAGUGCAGUGUGUCUUUGAAAAACAGGGUAUAAAGUAGGUUUUAUUGAUCAUAUACUAUGUAUUCUUAUUUUUUAUUUAUUAUUUGGAUUGCUAUAGAACAUAGGACCCCUAGUCGCAACAGGACCCUGCUGAACUAGGCACUGUGCAAAGAACAAAGAAGGUUCCUGUUCAAGAGGUUAAAAUAUGAAGGUAAUCUUAAAAUUGGGUUUGGUCAAGAUUUCCUCACUAUUUCCAAACUGUUGUGCAGUCAGACGUCGUUGAGUGAUUUAUUCACAUUUCCAGGCUGUACAAGCUUCAAAGUGGUAACUCAUCCAAACUGUAGGAAAGGUGAUGUACAUACACAGAAACCUAUUCUGACGUGCGUUCAGAAAAGCGUUAGACCAGCACAGCAACUUUCCUUCUUAAGCAAAACAGCUUUUGUUUUGUUCUGCAAAAAUGCCUGUGCAACUCUCCUUCUUUGAAACAAGUACCAGAUGUGUUUCGCCAUGGUCUGGAUCUCACUCUGACUUUUGAGUGGCUAAGAAAUUGCUUUUCUGAAAGAGUAUGCUUAAGUAGUUAAUCAUUAGGGUCUGCGGGGUAAUCUUGGAGGAAAAAAUAAUAAUUGAAUGAACAAGGCCUUAUAGUAUUCAGUAUUUCAAUUUAGGCACUUAUUUUUCUUGCGGGUGAGGGAAUACGAGGUUGCUAAAAGGUAGAUCGAGGGUAAAAGUUCAUGGAAACUCCACUUCCUUACCACCUUGUAGUUUUCCACCCUCAGGUAAAUGCUCAGGCUGUGCUGGGAGCUCUGUCAUGUCAAUGCCUGGGCAUGGAGCAUGCCGGAAGUUCAAAAAAUGUUGCUAAUUCUGUGUAAAUUCAAAAGGCACAUCUGUUUCAUGGUGAUUCUUUUUUCAAUAGUCAUACCUUUGCCUUGACAAUGGAGGAUGAAAAUUAAAUCUUAUAAAAGCGACUCUUGACUCAAAACCUACCAAUAUCUAGCAAAGCAAUUGUCAUCUCUACCGAGACCUGCAACAGUUUAAGGAAGGAUGCUUGGAACAGCACUUGGCUCCUGCUCAGCAGAGGAGGGGUUGCGCAGGAUGCUGAAUGGCCUCACUCGUAUUCUUUUGGAUUCUUGGCUUCAGUGUCAUGAAGGUCUUAAAUGAGCUUGAACCACAUUGUCGCCGGUGUAGCCGGUGCACCAGACUGAGAACCCUCUCACGGACAUCUCUUCUUGGUUUCUAGUUGGCCCUUUAGGUUGUCUGCAAAUAAUCACAAAUCACCUUUGGUUCCUAGGGGGGCUGUAGGCAGGUGUGUGGUGUCUCGUGAAACAAACUACUGGGUUUAUUUUUUUUUCUUUUGACAUUAAGCAAAACAAAUGGCUCUGCAGAAAAAAAUAAAACAGAAGGCAAAGCAAAAUGAUCAGCUACAAAUGAGAAAGAAGGGAUAAUAUCAGCAUUUUGAUUACAGGUGGCUCACUGUAACAGUGUAGGGCAGGAGCUGAUCAUGAUGGGAUCCUGAUCCCAUAAAAGGAUUUUUCAGCAACUACCCAGGUAGGAAGAAACUACAAGUCAGCAAAGUGUUUGUGACUUCGCUAACUCCAGAAAACCAGAGGGAAUCACUCCCUGUGGAUACUAUGGAAAUCUUGAUUAGUGUUUAGCAUUCUGUUAAUUUUACACGGAAACUAUAAUAGCUUAGCGCUAGGACCCUCUCAUGAGUUGCUGAAGGACCCGUGUGAGCACUGUAGGUGACAGGCAGGAUGAAAGGAGCAGAGAGUUGGAAGAAAUGGCAAUACGGCCGAGAUGUCAAGUGUAGGAGGUAAUUCAGGGCUUAACAGUAGCAUGAAAGAAAGUGGAUUAAAAAGCCAGCAGCAAGGCCAUAGGAGGGAUGUGUGCUUGGAAGGAGGUGUUGGAUGAGCAGAGCAGAAUAGCACUUGCAGUGAAGUCAUUUAAGGUCGUGGGGUAGGUUUAAAAGUGUUUCCAUAGUACGAAAGAUGCUACUAAAGGGUCAGGUGCAUGUAUUAGUGUACCCAGAGCAACUCGCUAUGUGCUUUUAGCCCUCUGCAAAUGCAAAGUAACGUUAGCAUAAACUGCAGGGAAGGAUAUUUAAGCUGAAUUUUACCUUGUAUUUGCAAGGAACAAGUUUAAUGCAAAUGUUGGUUAUCACAGCCCAACCGUUAGUCACAGCUCGUUAUGUGGCAGCUCAGCCGUGUGUCUCAACCUUUUUUUUAGUGUCCAGCCUGCAAUGCAUGUGUAAGGGUGUUCAGUAGAUACUGCAGAUAAUGUGGCCAAACUGUUUUAUCAUUGUGCAGUUUCGUUGCUUUUGGGGGACUGACCCAGCUCCAGUCCGUGUUGGCUCAGGGAUCUUUAUUCUGUUCCUUACUGCGGUGUGUAUAUGCUGAAUGUGAAUUAAUGAUGGAGGGAAUCGUGUGGAAAGAGGAGGGAAGCUCACUUUAAAUAACCUUAUUACCUUGGGGUUGUUUAAAUGAUAGAGAACAGCCUAUGGCAAAACAGGUAAUGUGUUUGAAGCAAGAUUGUGGGUGAUAGGUUGGUUUUUGCUGGGAAAGAGAGAAAUUAUGAGAUGAGAUAAAGGAGACUUUCUCACUCCUGAAAGGAUUAAGAGCCAGGGUGAGCUUUCCAACCUGAGCAUCCCCUGCUGUGAGUGGGAAGUGAUAAUGUACAAUGGAAAAGGUGAAUUCCUCAUUGACUUAAUUUUAGGUUGGAAAAAUAUUGUAUUGAUAAUAUUUGAAUGGUCAUAAUGAGAGUAAACUUAUCCCCAUUCAGACAUCCUUCAGGGGUGAGGGAGCACUCUUUAUGGAUGGCAUAGUAUUGGUAUAAAGUUUAAUCUGAAAUACAAGAAACUAGAAAUAGAUAAAGAAAAGGGGGUGGUUCAGGGGUGACUAUCUCAUACAGGGGAUACAUACAUAUAACUAACAUCUUAAAUUAUUAAGGAAUGUAACUGAAGCAAUGAAUUCCAGAGCUAUUUAGGCUGGCUGCUGGGGAAAGAAGACCCUGAGUUGUCUGCAGGAAAGAGACAGAGCAAAACCUCUGAAAGGUACAGUAGGUCUUAAUAAUAUUUUCUUUCUUUUUUGAGUUUUUUGUUUGGUGGUGGUUUGUAGUUUAGGUGUGGUGAUGGUUUAGGGUUUCUGUAUGUUUGAUUGUUUUUUGUAAGAUCUCUGUAGGAGCUGUGUCCUAUCUUGGCUCUUUAUUAUUAUUAUUAUUAUUAUUAUUAUUAUUACUAUUAUUAUUAUUAUUAUUAUUAUUAUUAUUAUUUUCUUCUUCCAGUUACCUGGAAGGAAAAAGGCAUUUGACCUCCUGUAAAUAGACUUGAGGUAUUUGUUAAUUAAUGUAAAGAUAAGAGACCAUGCAAAUGCAAGGGACUACAGUGUGCACGUGAAGGUAACUGAAUCAGGACCUCAGGUAGCAAACAAGCAAAUGGAAAUGUGGUGGUUUUCUUUAUGUCUGCAGUUUGAAAUAAUUUGUAUUCCCUGAUCAGGGAAGUGUCUGAACUAUGAUAAGUAUGGGGCCUUUCAAUUUAUCAUUUAAAUUCUUCAGCAAGGUAGCACAGAAUUAGGUCUGCCUUUGCCAUGCUCUGGUAGGUCCCUCUUCAUUUAUUCACAUUUCAGCCAUUUAUGUGAGCUGGAGUUGGCCAUGUUGGUCCACAGGUGUCAAGCAGUUAUUGAAAGGUUUUUACAUGCACUGAAAAAACGUUACUUUUGUGGCAUUGACCCCCGAGUCAAACUGCAGUUUCUGUCUCCCCUGCUCAGCCCCAGCCCAUGUGCAGACACAUUUGAAGAAUGGCCAAAUAACUCCUGAAAGGCAAACAGAGAUUUUGGGAAAUGCCUGCGACCCAUAAUCAGUCCGGUCCAUGUAACUCCAUGAGACAGAGGAAGGAAUCCCAAAGAAUAUGUUUUGCUUUGAGUGGCAUAUAUUUGUGUCGGUAGUUUCCCCCCUUUUGUCUGGUUCUGUAAACUCCUUGUAAGAAAAAAUGAGAAGUAGUCCAGUGGCAAUGUAAACCCCACAGUAGUAGUUUUAAGCCUGCAGAUGGUACACUUCUUUUUCCAUUUACUUUUCACAGUCCCUUUAGAAGUAGUUUGUGGGAUUUCCUUGGGAAUCUCAAGGCAGGGAUCGCUGGUCGCUGCUCUUGAUGUGCCGUAGAAUCGUAGAAAGGAGAGUCAGGGGCAGGUAAAACAGUUUUAAUCUGGAAUAGAAGGAAAGGGGAAGAAAUCUGCUUUGGGAGAAACCAAACACUGGAGGAGAAGGCAGGUUGAAUGGAGUCCUGAAACAGGCAGGAAGCAUGCACCUUGUUCUGUCUCUCAUUCUUGCACGGCUGCUCCUACAUCUUUCUUACUGCUCUGAGUUCAGGCCAAGAUCAUAAAAAAGCAGGUGAUGCCACAUCCAGGCUGUGCAGCUCCUUGGAGAUGAAGCAGUCAGAGUGUAACCGAGGAAUAAAUCCUGAGGGACACAGAUAAAAGGAGAUUUGUUUGAGAGAGGAAUGUUCAAAUACAAGGUGCCUCCAUCUGUCACACAUGCAGAAUUCUUCACAAGUCAUCACAGAGCAGUGACAGGCCUGACACGGUGCUGGAACGGUCUGUGCAACGCAGUGGAAAUGUUGCGCUCAGAAACCUUCAUUGUCCUGUAAUAAAUUUAAACAAUCAACUCCAUUACACUGGUAGCAUAGUUAACUUUUAUGGUAUCUCCAGCCAGUGCAAGGGGCAUCUCAAGACCUUGGUGUGAGCUUGCUGUGGUUUUAUUUGAGAUUCUUUCAUUUGUCUUAAGUUCGCAAGCUUCAGUCGACCCUGGUUUGUCUGAAAAAUUAAGGGGGCCAUGUGGCAGAAGUUAUUCAGCAUAACCACUGCCUUUGGGUCAAGAAUCCAGUAUACCUCCUAGAAGACUGUGAAAUCAUAGAACAAACUGCUGCAUCUUCCCUGCACAGAUGUUACAGGAGUAGAGAUGGGGAGUCAGCUAAUUAAAGUCAGGGAGACAGAAGUGAGUAAUAAGGAUUCAGUUAACCCUCCUGUGUUCCUGUUUAUUUAGAUUGCAGUCUGCUGUAGCCAUACACAUGUAAUAUACAAUUUAAAUGCAAGUGCUCUUCCUUUCCUUGUUCCCAAAAAUACUUGUAGCUCUUCUUUGAUUGAGGGCAAGCCAACAGCAUAGCAAGCAGAGCUCGCUUUCUGCAGUUUUGGCAAGGACCACCAGAAAAAUCUCUCAUGUAUUAUCUGUUCAUUGACUUGGGAAAGGUAUCAAUCAUCUUCCACAUCUACAUACUUGAAGAAUGUACAAUUUCCUGUGACAGUCAAGCAAAAUCAUACAUUUUCAUACAUCAAGACCAAAUCCUGGUGGCACUGGGAUGGAAAGGAAAAAGAAGAAACAACAACUUGCUGAUUUCCAGUCACCUCUAGUCGAUAAUAUUUAUUUGCUGUGUAAAAAAUAUUUUUAAAGCCUCCCUUGUAAAAUAUAAACGCUACUCAGAAUAUGCUACAGUUUCACGUUGGACUAGCAUAAUUGUAAAAACCUGGCAGCUUUUUCAGUUUGUAAAAACAUGAGAGAUCUAAUCAGCCUUUCCAUCCUCAUCCUGGUGCAUGCAGCAGGUUUUUCACCACUAUUCUGUUUUCAACCUGAGCCUUAAAAACCAAAACAAUGCAGCAGGCUGAAUGACAGAUGCUGGUGUUCCCAUAGUGUUUCCUGGUGGGAAAAGAAAAAACUAAACCAUUUUUCUUGCAACUCAGUUCUGCAUGAGCUGUUCCUAAGAACUAUGAGUAUGAGCCAGACUACACUGCUUUGUCUGGAGCGAGGAUUUACUUGUUGCAAGGAGAAGGUACGUUCUAGAUGGACCCUUUGGGACCAGUCCUGAUCUCCUGUUAUAGGUUUCCAGCAGCACAGUGGUUACUUUAUUGGAGGUGCUUGUUGCAGAAUGAGUGUUUCAGUGGAGAUAUUUUUCUUUGGGAGAUCUGAUAUCCUGAAACCGCUACUGUUUGGGGGAUUUUGUGAGAUAACUCAAAUGUGUUGCACUGUGGAGGUUUAUUUCCUUGUGUGAGUACAUCACCUUUCAAUGAGGACCUCUAGGAAAUCUUAUUUGUGUGAAGUUACAGAAAGGAGUACAUUUGCAGGGAUGGAAGCGGGAGUGUGGCCAGCACGUUAUAAGGUUUCAUGAAUUCAGAUACUUCAAAAAUAACCUCCCAGGACAAAUGAUGGUCAGUUGUUUGCAUUGCUGAAAGUCUAUCCAGACUUCCUGUGCUGGACUUUCAUAUAUCUGGAACAGAACUGGCAUUACCCCCUCAUCACGCCUGUAUCCCUUUCUUACAUCUCCAGCAUUUAAACGCUGUACUUUAUGCCAAAAGUUUGAGCUGUAUCCUUAACACAUCCUUUAACUCAUACUGACUCACCACACGGACAAAAUUCACUCCCAUAUUGAUUUAAUCUUCUCCCCCCCCCCAGCCUGUGUCAAUCCUGUUGAAAUUAAAAUGUACUAGCAUCACUUGUUGCCAGACUUGUCACGACUUGCCGCAGCGAUGCUGUGGCUGCAUCUGGAUCAGCAGGAUCCAAUUCCAGCUCCCUGGAUGCGUUUUGCCGGCAGGGAGAAGUGCUGCAUGAGAGCCAGUCUCUGCUGCUGCGAUGCCGCCCCCAUCUCCUCCCCCUUUGGCCUUUCUGGAUUACUGGUGAAACUCACUUGUACAGUUUGGAUGUUUGAUAGAUAAAGCACGUAUGAAAAAAAAAAGGAAAAAAAUAUAAAUACAAAAAUCUCAACACUGUGCAUUCAGUGUCUUUCUAGCUUAAAAGAAGGAAGGUAAAUAAUGUCAAGUCAAUGAAUAUCAGAUAUAUUUUUUGACUGUACAUUACAGUGAAGUGUAAUCUUUUUUUUACAACUGCGAGUCCAUCUUAUUUAUUCUUGUAAAUGUUCCCAGACAAUGUUUGUAAUAUGGGCUGUGUUGCAAAUCCAUAAAAUAAAUCUGUGACCUGAGAUUAAUGUUUUACUAAGA